CAAACGAUCAAACUCUGUGUCAAUUCAUUGGUGACAUUUGUUCCAACAUGUUCAAGUUGCUGGUUGUGUUGUCUGCGUGUCUGUGCGUCGGUUAUGCUGCAGUCAGCAUCGGACCUUUGGAGACGAAACCUGAUGAAUUCAAAGAUCAAGAAGGAUGUUACAUAGAUGAUCUGAAAGCGGUCAUCCCAUUCGGUCAGUCAAGGCCAUCCAAGACUGCGGGCAAUUGUAUGGAGUACAGAUGUAGCACGACGCAGAUCACAUAUGUGACAUGUGGUGCGGUGGCUGUGGAGGCACCUUGUGAGAAAGUAGCGGACGUAGAGAAGUUCUAUCCAGACUGCUGUCCACGGGCUGUUUGUCCUUGUGCUUAAGCCCCGUUAAAUCUCCAUUUACGCGUCUAUCUGUACACUCACACAGCUAACGUGAACUGAACUAAAUACAAUUAAAUUAUUUUCUUCCUAAUGAUUUUUGUUUAAUU